GACUGAACAUUGGUCCAGGGCCAGAAUGAGGAAAAAGAGACAGGAAAGACAUCCUGUCCCCGCCACCCCGCCCCGGGUAAGAAGGCCUCGUGAUCAGCUCUAGCCACUGGCAGUCCUGCCAUCCUCGGAACUUAAAUAAAGGGACAGUUGGAGCCUGAGAGGUCACAGUUCUGACCCUCCAGGCUCGGAGCACCGGGCACCCCCAGCACCAUGAGUUGGUCGUCGCACCCCCGGAGUUUAAUCCUCAGCUUCUACAUUCUUUCAUUGUUCUCUUCAACAUGCCUGGCAUAUGUCGCCACCCGAGAAAACUGCUGCAUCUUAGAUGAAAGAUUUGGUAGUUAUUGCCCAACUACCUGUGGAGUUGCAGAUUUCCUGUCUAAUUACCAAACCAGUGUAGACAAGGAUCUACAGAAUUUGGAAAGCAUUGUUCAUGAGGUUGAGAACAAGACAUCAGAAGCCAGGGAGCUGGUCAAAGCAAUCCAAAUCAGCUACAACCCUGAUGAACCAGAAAAGCCAAGUAGGAUAGAGAGUGCUACCAAGAAUUCCAAGAAAAUGAUGGAAGAAAUUCUGAAAUAUGAAACAUUGAUUGCAACACAUGACUCAACAAUUCGAUUUUUGCAGGAAAUAUAUAAUUCAAAUAAACAAAAAAUCGAUAACCUGAAACAGAAAGUGCUCCAACUUGAAGCAAAGUGUCAGGAACCUUGCCAAGAUACAGUGAAAAUACGAGAUACAACUGGGAAAGAUUGUCAAGACAUUGCCAAUAAGGGGGCCAGAGAGAGUGGGCUUUACUUUAUCAAACCUCUGAAAGCUAAGCAGCAGUUCUUAGUCUACUGUGAAAUUGAUGGGUCUGGAAAUGGAUGGACCGUGUUUCAGAAGAGGCUUGAUGGCACUUUGGAUUUCAAGAAAAACUGGAUUCAAUAUAAAGAAGGGUUUGGACAUCUGUCUCCUACUGGAAACACAGAAUUUUGGCUGGGAAAUGAGAAGAUUCACUUGAUAAGCACACAGUCUACCAUCCCAUACGUAUUAAGAGUGCAGUUGGAGGACUGGAGUGGCAAAACCAGCACUGCAGACUAUGCUACAUUCCGGGUCGCGGGUGAAAAUGACAAAUACCGCAUGACAUAUGCCUACUUCAUUAGUGGAGAUGCUGGAGACGCGUUUGAUGGCUAUGAUUUUGGUGAGGAUCCUAGUGACAAGUUUUUCACAUCCCACAAUGGCAUGCAGUUCAGUACCUGGGACAACGACAACGAUAAGUUUGACGGCAACUGUGCUGAACAGGAUGGAUCUGGUUGGUGGAUGAACAAAUGUCAUGCUGGCCACCUCAAUGGAGUUUAUUACCAAGGUGGCACUUACUCAAAAGCAUCUACUCCUAAUGGUUACGAUAAUGGCAUUAUUUGGGCCACUUGGAAAUCCCGGUGGUAUUCCAUGAAGAAAACCACCAUGAAGUUAAUCCCAUAUAACAGAAUCGCCAUUGGAGAAGGACAGCAGCACCACCUUGGGGGAGCCAAACAGGCUGGAGACGUAUAAAAGACCAUUUCAAAAGUGAUUUACUUUUUAAAGGACUUUACCUGAAAAGAAAAAUAUAAUAUUUUUCCUAUGGGACAAUGGACUUGCAAAGCCUCACUUCAUUUUAAGACUAAAAAGAAUCCAUGCUGAAAACUCCACUAACAGUUUUAUGCUGGUUGUAAUUUAUCUACAUACCCUUUCAAUAAACAUUUUGUUUCCUAAGACUA